AGAAGCAGAGGGAGUUAGCUCGAAAGGGGUCCCUGAAGAACGGCAACAUGGGAAGCCCAGUUAAUCAGCAGCCCAAGAAGAACAAUGUGAUGGCUCGAACAAGGCUGGUUGUUCCCAAUAAAGGCUAUUCAUCAUUAGAUCAGAGCCCAGAUGAAAAGCCACUGGUAGCACUGGAUACGGACAGCGAUGAUGACUUUGACAUGUCCAGAUAUUCCUCUUCGGGAUAUUCUUCAGCUGAGCAGAUCAACCAAGACUUGAACAUCCAGCUGCUAAAGGAUGGCUAUCGGUUAGAUGAGAUCCCAGACGAUGAGGACCUCGACCUAAUCCCCCCUAAAUCAGUCAACCCCACCUGCAUGUGCUGCCAAGCCACCUCCUCCACCGCCUGCCACAUCCAGUAAUGAGGACGGCAGGCUGUGAUCAGUGCUUUCCACUAUAACUGUAAAACUUAACAGCCAUUGCUUCCUCCUAUGGUAGGACGUGCACCUCUUUGUGUUCAUGGAGCCAGGAGAAACCAAAACUCCAUUUUAUGAUUGGUUGAUGAGUUAUUUUAAGCUAUGGUUAACAGACAUAAGCUGCUCCAAGUGCCAGGCUGGAGUCUGAGCAAUUGGCUGGUCUGGAAAGCUAAUGCAAAUGGGUCCAGUGAUCCCUGGGUCUGGACAGGCUCUGGGUAUGGUUUGUAAGGUGCAUGUACUGGAUUGAGAAGGAUCAGAUGUGGCUGCAGUUAAUCCUACCCGUCACAACUAAUCCAACUGCGAGUUCAACUGAGUCUAAGAUGUAAGGUCUUUCUAACCCGGGGAAAGGUCAUUUUUUAAUUCAUUCACUGAAACUGAUCAGUUUGUGCCAACCAAAAUUGUACCUGAAUAGGAACAGAGUGGAGUAUUCUAGACUAUGGCAGUGCUGCUGGCAAGGAUUAAUAUACCCUGGAAAUCAGUUACACACAAACCGAACAUGUAGGAGGAAUUUCAUUCUGGGUUAAUACCAAACUUUACUUGGACUGUCAUGUCACAGAUCUGAUGUAACCUACUGUUAUUUCCCUAUGAGAUUAGCAGCAAACAGAUAAAAUUCUGUCCACAAUCCAUCCAUGCCCCUCCUGCAUUCAAUUUAUUCCCAGGAGUAAACAUACCAUAUCCAUGAAUUCAGUCCAGUCAUAUUUAUUGGGUUUUGCCUCCAAUGUUUAAGGGGAAUUUUUGGGGCCCAGCUGCUGGCAAAAAUCACAGUCCUUGUCCAUUUAAGUAAAAAAUAUGUAUAUACCUAGGAAGAAUCAUAAUGAUACAGUCUUAAGGUCAGAACCAAAAAAGCAAGUUGAAGAAAGCACAUGGUUUUUACAGUACACAGAGGUUCAUGUUAUCUUGACUUUGAGCCUCUUAGUGCCUAUUGAAGAGAUUUACCAACACUGUACGUCUGUGCAUUUAGUGUUGCCAUAUGUUAGCAGGAUAGGCAGUUUCCAGCAACAAGAGGAUUGAGCAGGUUCCCAUCAUGAGACGCACGAGGGAAACUGCUGUCAUCCCACCUCUGCCCUAUUCUGAGCCAGCCUUAGCUUGUGUUAGGGCGGUGCCAGUGGUGAAGGAACAGUUGUGUUUGCACAAUGCUGUUCGUGUUCAGGAAACAUGCCUCUAAGAUCAGCAGAUUUACCGCAUCGCCAGUUCAGGUUUGUUUUUAAUGCCAGUGAAUUUCCUGAAUUACGAACCAUAUUGGCCUCCUGAUAUUUCUUUUAAACUUUUGGUGCAAAAGGUGCCCAAGAGUCAGGUAAAUGUAGGGCCAGCGCUUAUUAUGCCAUCAGACUAAAUUCCUUGACAUGAAACAUGACUGCGUAUUCUUCUGCUUUGUCAGGAGGGACAAAAACUACCAACCUUGCUUUUAGUGCUUGCUUCAGGUAUUGGUAAUGAAAAUAUUUGAGGAAAACGAACCAUUUUUCCAGUUUAAACUUCUUCUGGGAAUUCCUUCAUAGUGCAACACAUAUGCUUAAAUUUCAUCUUUCUGGAGUGUAAAAUCCUUGUGUAAAAGUUAGAUGCCGUCAACUAACUCUUUAAAAGGACACUGUCAGCUGCUUUUAAUAGCUUUAAUCAUUGUUGGCUUUUACUCUGUGUAUGGCAAGAUGCAGCAUACUCUAGUGGUCUGAGCACAGGAUUAGAGCACAGGGGCUCCUGGGUUCUAGAGCACAGGGGCUCCUGGGUUCUAGAGCACAGCUCCACCACUCGCUUGUGUGGCCUUGAGCAAGUCACUCAAACUGUGUUUUCCCCAUCUGUAAAAUGGCAGAAUACUUACCUACCUCACAGGACAUUGUGAGGUUAUGCUGCCGUUGUUUAUAGCACUUUACAUCUAUAAGUGCUAACUGCCCUUUGCAAAUCCUCUGAGACUUUUGGAAACGGAAUGUUCCCCUAUUGAUCUUGCCCUUUUUAAUCACUUGGC